GAGCAGAGGCAGCAGUGGAGAAGCUGAACUGCACCUAGUUUCUUUCAUCCUUGAGAUCAGCACCCUGUCAAACUGUGUUAUUUUACGAGGACAAUACAAUAAAGCAGUAAAAUAAGCUCCUAUCAGUGUUAUGGCAAGAGGAGAAGGAGCGGAGCAGUUCUCCAGCGGUUUGUUACCAACAGCCAAAAGCGUCACUCAAAAUGAAAUCAAAAUGGUUAAGCUCUCACCGCAGCAGGAGAGGAAAAGAGCUCUGAGUGUGUGGAGUAAGGUGUGUUUUGCGAUCGGAGGGGCUCCGUAUCAGAUCACAGGCACCGCCCUGGGCUUCUUUCUGCAAAUCUUCUUGCUUGAUGUGGCACUGCUUAAACCCCUUAAUGCCUCGGUAAUCCUGUUUGCGGGUCGGGCCUGGGAUGCUGUGACUGAUCCCACCGUUGGGUUUUUAGUGAGCAGAACUCCAUGGACGAGACACGGACGCAUGAUGCCCUGGAUUUUGGUGUCCACCAUACCAGCUGUGUUGUGUUAUUUCCUUAUAUGGGUGGUUCCACCAAUAGAGCAAGGGAAGAUGAUGUGGUAUCUGCUCUUCUACUGUCUCUUCCAGACCCUCCAGACAUGUUUUCAUGUGCCGUACUCUGCUCUGACCAUGUUUAUCAGCACUGAGCAGAGAGAACGAGAUUCUGCCACAGCCUACCGCAUGACUGUAGAGGUGUUUGGUACAGUCGUUGGCACUGCCAUCCAGGGUCAGAUUGUGGGCAUGGCCAACACUCCCUGUAAAAACAACACAUCCCCAAACAACAGCUUCAAUGACUCAAUCCAGAGCAAUAACUCUCAUAUCCCACUGAAAAACAUUAUAUUUGACGAGAGGUGUGCGUAUAUGAUUGCAUCUGCAGUCAUCAGUUUAAUCUAUGUUGUGUGUGCUGCUGUGCUGUUUUUUGGAGUGAGAGAGCAGGAUCUUCAGGGUGAAUUAAAAACACAGAAGCGGGUGUCGUUUCAGAAGGGUCUGCGGCUGGUGAUGGGUCACGGGCCGUAUGUUAAACUGGUGCUUGCCUUCCUCUUCACUUCUCUAGCCUUCAUGCUGCUGGAAGGGAAUUUUGCUGUCUUCAUCAAGUACACGCUGGGAUUCAGAGAGGAUUUUCAGAACAUCUUACUGGUCAUCAUGGUGUCUGCUACUGUUUCUAUUCCUAUGUGGCAGUGGUUUCUCUGCCGGUUUGGGAAAAAGACUGCUGUUUACAUCGGCAUCACUUGGGCCGUGCCUUUCAUGAUCCUGGUGGUGUCUGUAAACAGUAGCCUCCUUGUGUCCUACAUCGUGUCCAUCGCUGCUGGUGUCAGUGUGGGCGCAGCUUUCCUCCUGCCUUGGUCUAUGCUUCCAGAUGUGGUUGAUGACUUUAAACUCCAGAAUCCUACAUCUCAGGGCCAUGAGGCUAUUUUCUACUCUUUCUAUGUUUUCUUCACCAAGUUUGCCUCUGGAGUGUCUCUUGGCGUAUCAACACUAGCAUUAAGCUUUGCAGGUUAUGAGACGGAUGUUUGCGAUCAGUCUGACUCUGUGAAUCUGACACUGAAGAUGUUGGUUUCGGCUGCUCCUGUGUCACUGAUUGCUCUAGGGCUGCUCAUCUUUAUGACGUAUCCCAUCAAUGAAGAGCGCCGGCAGUACAACAACAAACAACUACAGCUGCUCUUGCGGAGUGAAGAAGAGGAGGAUGAGAUGGAGGUCUUGAAGCCUGAUAUCACCGCAUGAAAAACCAGCUUGACUGUUGUUGUUGUUCUGGCCGACAGAGGGCGCCCAAAUACAUCUCAACCACUGCCAUGAGGAACUCUACCAGCUCAGCUUUCCUCACACGGUCUGAUAACAGACCAAUGAAGGAUGGAUUUGACCCCUUGUAUAUCUGCACUACUGUUACGACAGCUGCAUUUUAUAAGAUCAUAACAACUCCAGGCAUUGAGUGCUGAUUUCACUUACAGCUCUCCUUGAUCAAACCAAGGAAAAAAUGGGAGGUUCAAUUAUACAAUUACCUACAACAUCUGAUUUUUUUUGUAUGUGUGUUUGUUUGAGAUUAUGAAUGUGAAGAAAAUGUAGCGUUGCAGUCAUUUGAGGACAUUUUAUCCUCAAUGUUGUGAUGAAUCGUCAGUUGUUUUUUUUUUUUUUACACUGGGGGUGAAAUACUUAUAAUGGAACAAAAAAAUCACUUUAAAGACGAGCUAAGGCCUUUAGCCAGAGGAAGAUGACACUUUAUUGUCUAUGUCAGUUUUUUAUGGUUCUGUAUUUAUUUAUAGCAUGAUAUUGACUGAGAUUUUCUAAAAGCUAAUCAAAUGAGAUUCUAGUGAUUAACACCAGUAGAUUUAACAGUCACAGCUUAUAGGAGCAUUGGUUUACUGAAUCUAUGCAGCUGUGCCAAAGAGUCAGUAACAACUGAAAGAUUUAUAACGUUCAGUGGUGCAGUAUUUUUAUUUCCAACAUGAAGUAUCUGUGUCUCUGUACAUGUUUGUUUUUUGUGUGUGAGAGAAAGUGGUAACUAAUAGCGUGAUUGUGCACAUAAAGAAGCAGUUCUGUUAUAUAAGAAUUCUGUGUCUGUCUGUAUGAGUGAAUGCCAUGGCUGUUCCUCAGAUAAAUGUGAAUUUAAAGAUGGUACUGUAAGGUCUCCUCAUAUGAGAUCUAGACUGAAAUCAGUUUUGACUGUUAUGUGCUGAACGGUUGCCUGACAUGUUGUCAUCAACCUAAAGUUUACAUCUCCCUGUAAAUGCUGAGAUGAAAUGUAAGAAAUGUAUAUAAAUAGA